GCCCUCCCGGAGCCCGGCAUGGCGACGGCAACCAGGCUGGUCUGCAUCCUCCUGCUCCUCCUCACCGCACUGUGCUGCCAGAGCCUGGCCCAGAGAGCCCCAGCUGUGCCAGACAAGUGCUGCUUCAACUUCCAGAUGAAAAGGAUCAAGAGAGACAACAUCGUCGACUGCUACCUCACCAGCCCCGAGUGCCCGCACCAGGCUGUGAUCUUCAGAGUGAAGAGCGGGAAGGAGAUCUGCACCCAGGCGAGCAAGGCCUGGGUGAAGAGGUACCAGCAGCGUUUUCAAGUCAGCUCCUUCUCCAUCCCCAGCUAGUGGGGCAGCCGGAGGCAGCACCGGGAGUCCCCUCCACAGGGAACACGACACCGCAAAGAUGACCCCUUUGUAGACACAGCUGAAGGGACACCACAUUUAGAUAUAGCAGCUCAUCAGGGACAUCCUCCCCAUCACUCUGUGAUGAUCCUCACCACCUCCCUGAGGGCA